AUGUUUUCCACAUUCACAGGCAACUCACGGCGCCCACGGAACGUCAACCUUAGCGGGCAGUCAGGAAACCCAUUCACGAAUACCUCAUGGAGUCCUUCCAACACCUCGAAUGCCACCAAGGCAGUUUCCGAUGCUCAAGCCGACCGAGAGAAGCGACAAGCCGAGAGACAGCGUUUAAAGGCAGCUUCCACUAUCCAACGUGUUUGGAAAGGUCAUCAGGAACGGCGACAGGUUUGCGAGCUGCGCCGGAGGUCGUUCGAUAGCAUAUACGGGGCGAAUCAGAAUAAUUCAGAUAUCUCGAACACGCUUCCGGUGGCUUUCAGCCUCCUGAUUUCCUUCUUCUCUCAUCAUCGCAAGGAUGAUGUUGCUCGGCUCGUUCGAUUUGUAAGGAACUGUAGCAAGGCCAGGCUCGAGGACAUCGUGCCACCGGGUGUGCACCCUUCACGGGUCAGUCUAUUUGUGCGGUUUCUCGUCGACGCGUUGAAGGUGAUGGUAGUAGACAAAAAUUGGCCUGAAAUACUCGAACUUCUGUCUUUAUCGAACCGGAUCCUCCAACAACUCCCCGACGCAGUACACGGAUCUGUCGAAUCCUACUAUACCACAUUGGCUAACAUCUGUCAAUUCGACGACGGAGAGUCUACAGUCCUCCCCAUACUGGUAGAUGCCUUCUCAAUCCCACUGCGGGCAGAGUCAAAUCAGGGUGAGCAAGUCUCAACUACUAGAUUAAAACGACAAAAACUAAUCUACCAAGACCUCAAAGAAAAGGCAUAUCGUGCUAUAUACUUUAACUUCUUGACUCGACAAAGCAUUCUCAUCUUCCAGGCGAAUAUCGCAGCAUUCUCUGUUGAUCUUGAUAGGAAGCGCUUAGCAUCAACAAUCAUCAAUGAAUAUCUGGAAACGUUCAGAUCGGUGAGCAACAGUGAGCUUCUGUGGCUUCUCUCCCACUAUAUUGCUGUCUCUCAAAGCUCCAUCAACUCGACAGAUGAAUUUCUUUGUUUAGAGGCUCUGGAUAUACAGCUGUCGGUUUUGAUGGCAGAGAUCAACUCUCGUAUGGAUCUCCGUGUUUCUCCAGACCCACCGGCAGACGAUGAAGCCAACAAUUCGUCAACACAACCUCUAGAGCCCUACGUAAAGGACACCCUGUUAUUUCUGGUCAGCCAAGGUGCCAUUGCCAACCUUUUGCGCAAUUUGACAGACACUCUACUGGACUCGUCUGAUGCUCAGUUGCGAAAAAGCAGCGUCUUCGGCUCUUACAUCUCAACUCUUCUAUUAUGUUUCCCUGGUCAGGCCGACGAUGUCCGCAUGCGACUCUUCCUUGGCUCCGUCCCAACGCCAGAAGGGGAUACGCCGACCGUGAAAUUCUUAUGGAACAAAGUGAAUUCAAGUACCUUGCUCAACAACGUUAUCACGGAAUCGCAAUCACCGAUACGCCUACUUCGGAACUAUGCUAUUGGAAAUCCUCACUCGACGAAUAGUUCAGAGGAAGAGCAAGAGUGGCGAAUUAUUUUGAUUUUCCUGGAAAUCUACAUUUUCGUACUUCGUCUCAGCGAUGACGAUGACUUCAUCAGGGCAAUGCAUCCACACAGGUUUUCCAACGCUGACACUUCCCGCAUCCAAGCCUGUGGGCUGAGGAUAGAGGACCUGGCACGUUUGACGACGUUCCUAAAGAAUACGGCAUUUUCGCUCUACUACCACUCGCACCAAAUCUUCAACACCGCCUCUGAACUUGAGAACUACGCGAGUUCAAGGUUAGGGUCAUAUCUCGAAGGCUCUACGUCCAUAUCGAAGGGAGCCGAUGCGGCACCAUCCUUGGGCAUGUUAGCCAAGUCGGACGUCAACCGACUCAAGGAUAUUGUUACUACUACCAUGAAAAUGUUGUAUGAGAGAGAUUCCCGUCAGCAUUUCCUCCCCGCCAAUCAUUGGUUGAUGACGGACAAAUUAGAUAGCGAGGAUUUUGUCACGGCCGUGAUUGCAGAAGAUGAGCGCCAAGCUCAGGAAGGCGAAGAAGAAAGUGACGAGGACAGUGAAGAGGCGGCACUGGAUGCCCAAUUUGGUCCCACCUUUGAAUUCCGGGGCAUGAGCAGGUUUGCCAACUCUCGUGUUUCGCAUAAUGCGAGACUGGAGAGACUCCGCAUCAAACAGAAACGGCUCCAGAGAGAACGCCGACUUGCAAUCAUUGGUCCUAAACUUGAAGUCUUGAGGCACAUGCCUUUUGUUGUCCCCUUUGAGACAAGAGUCAACCUCUUUCGCCAGUUCAUUAACCUAGAUCGCAUUCGGAGAGACGGGGCGAACUCAGGUUUGCGAUUUGGAUUUGUCCAUACUCCUUUCUCCCGGCACCAAGCGGACAUCCGACGUGGACAGCUAUUUGAAGAUGCCUAUGAGCAAUUCUACAAGCUCGGUGAAGGCUUAAAAGACCCUAUAAGCAUCACCUUUGUUGAUAAAUUUGGAGCACCUGAGGCUGGAAUCGACGGUGGCGGUGUCACAAAGGAGUUCCUCACCAGUGUGACAACGGAGGCUUUCAGCAAUACAGAAGGCAAGCUAGGGAUGUUUACUUCUAAUAACAGAGAACUUCUCUAUCCGAACCCAACCGCUGUGGACACUGUCCGCGAAACGCAACGCCAGGCCGGUCUCAGGGAGUACGACCCAGAAAUGCGAGAAGCUAUUGCAAAACUUCUUCGGCGGUACGAGUUUCUGGGUAGGAUCAUCGGAAAGUGUCUAUAUGAGGGUAUCCUCAUCGAUUUGUCCUUUGCAGGCUUCUUCCUUCUUCAAUGGCCAUCUGCAGGCUCAAGUGAGGGCAACACAUACAAGGGGAGCAUCAACGACCUUCGAGACAUGGAUGAGUCCUUGUAUAAUGGUCUCCUCCAGCUGAAAAACCAGUCAGGGGAUGUAUCAGAGCUAGGCUUUGAUUUCACUAUCACAGAUCAGGUUUCUUCUCCCGGAGAACCAUUCAAGACAGUGACCAGAAACUUGGUGCUAAAUGGUGAUAAGACUCAAGUCACAAACGACAACCGCCUCUUGUACAUCUCGUACGUCGCUCGGCAUCGCCUUGUUGUCCAACCAGCACAACAGACUGCCGCUUUUCUUCGCGGGCUCCGCACUAUCAUCCGCCCUUCAUGGCUAUCAAUGUUCAACCAGUCUGAACUACAACGCCUCGUGGGCGGCGAUUCAUUGGACAUAGAUAUUGAAGAUUUACGGCGCAACACUGUCUAUAGCGGCCUGUACGAAAUUGGCGAUGAUAAACAAGAGCACCCCACAGUCAAGCUAUUCUGGAAGGUCAUGAAGGGUUUUACGGAUGCUCAGCGACGAGAUGUGCUCAAAUACGUGAGCUCGACGCCACGGGCGCCUCUGCUAGGCUUCUCGCAGCUGAGACCCAAAUUUAGUAUCAGGGACGGCGGCAGAGAUGAAAAGCGGCUGCCCAGCACAAGCACAUGUGUCAACUUGCUGAAACUUCCACAGUACAAAACCGAGGCGACGAUGCGGGAGAAGCUUCUGUACGCCAUCACUGCUGGAGCCGGGUUCGAUCUCAGCUGA